UCAUUAUUUAAAUUAUAAGAAUCUAAAUAUUCAACUAUUUCCAAUGAGAUUAGGUAUGAAAUGACAACAUUAUAUGGCCAUUCUCAUGAAUUACUUGUGACUUUCUCCACGUACGUGCACGCACACACAAACAAGAACACAUGCUUAGUUAAUAUUUUCCCACUCUUUCUUCAUAAAAAGUAAGAGUCUAUACUAUAUAUAAUCCCCUAAUUGCUGAUGACAAGAAUAGAAACCUUCAAGUGUAAUCAUCCAAAGCGAAGUAAUGUCUCUCUUACAGGAUUUCUGGCAGUUCCUCCAACCAUUAUCCUCUAGAUUUACAGGUAUUCUUUUUCUUUCCCACACUUCAACUAUUUGCAUAUUUAUCUUUUCUUGUCUAUGUCGUUGGAUCAUGAACUUUUCUAAAAUCCACAAAAUAUCUGAAAAUUACUUUACUUUGCUACUAAUCUCUCAUUAAAUUGAUAAUCUUACUUAACACCCUUAUAUUAACUCCAAUUUAUGCUAAUCUUGCAAAAAACAAUUUACGUAGACAAAGAUAACUUAAUUUUUUUCCCCAUAUAUCAUACUUUUUUGGAUAAAAUGUUUUUAGUUAUACUUAUUUCAUUAGUAUAUCAUAUUUUCCGUCCAUUAUUUUUUUUUUGUUUUUUCUCAAAAACAAAAACAGAGUCGUUCACAACCAGCUGCGACACCGGCGAGUCAGACCCGUGCCGGGAUGAUGCGGCUGCUCUCACCCUCAAGUACGCAGCUAUGGCGUCCAUCCUUAUCGCUGGAGCGGCAGGCGUCUCGCUUCCCCUCGUUGGAGGAACCCUCCUACCAUCAAACGGUGGUCUAAUGAGAGGAGCCAAAGCAUUCGCGGCAGGAGUCAUCCUCGCAACAGGGUUCGUCCACAUGCUCUCCGGAGGCUCCGAAGCUCUCUCCGACCCGUGUCUCCCGGAGUUUCCAUGGAGGAAGUUCCCUUUCCCUGAGUUCUUCGCCAUGGUGGCGGCGCUUCUCACUCUGCUCGCGGACUUCAUGAUCACGGGGUACUACGAGAGGAAGCAGGAGCAGCUGAUGAACCAGUCUGUUCAGUCACUUGGUCCGGCUGAGUUUGGAUCGGGUCUAUCAUCGGGUUUUCUGAGGGAUCAGGAAGAUGGUGGGAAGUUGCAUAUCGUGGGGAUGCGAGCCCACGCGGACCAUCACCGUCAUAGUCUCUCGAUGGGACCCGAAGGUUUUGAGGCUCUGGCGAAUAGGAGCGGUGUCGCAGGUCAUGGCCAUGACCACGGGGACGUUGGCUUGGACAGUGGUGUUAGGCACGUUGUUGUUUCUCAGAUACUUGAAAUGGGAAUAGUAUCACAUUCGAUAAUAAUAGGAAUAUCACUUGGAGUAUCACAUAGCCCAUGCACCAUACGUCCACUCCUCCUCGCUCUUUCCUUCCACCAAUUCUUCGAAGGUUUUGCCCUCGGUGGCUGCGUUGCGGAGGCUAAACUAACCCUGCGUGGAUCAGCCCUGAUGGCUUUCUUCUUCACGAUUACUACCCCAAUCGGUGUGGCUGUAGGAACAGCCAUUGCCUCAUCUUACAACUCCUAUAGCGUUGUGGCUUUGGUGGCUGAAGGAGUGCUUGAUUCUCUCUCUGCGGGAAUACUUGUCUACAUGGCGCUUGUUGAUCUGAUUGCUGCGGAUUUCUUGAGCAAGAAGAUGAGCGUUGAUUUUAAACUUCAGAUUGUGUCUUAUUGCUUUUUGUUCCUUGGUGCUGGGAUGAUGUCUGCUCUUGCAAUUUGGGCUUGAUUAGUUUUCACUUCUUGAUUUUUCAAAACAAGCUUUUCUUCCAUCAUAACAAAACAGUUAUUUUCCUUUAAGUAUACGUUUGUGUGUUUCAAAUUUUUGUUAUCGCGUCAUCAAGUCUUGCUGUUUAUCGUUGUGAUUUAUUUAUGAAAGUAUUGAUUGAAAUAAAAAUGUUUGCUAUUUGCUGUAUACAUACGGUUAUAAUCUGUAUGACUGUAUCUACAAGAUUAUGUAAAGCUUCGGUAUGUAUGGAAUUUGCUCAGAUAAAUAUCUCGAGUCCCAUCCAUUCAUUACCGGGUGUUACAUCCUUCCACCUUUCAAACCUCAAAAACUUCAUACACGUAUCACAAACUUUUGGCACAUGUAGAUGUUUUGCGUUUUGUUUUUUGGGUAAAAGACUCAAUAAAUAUGGUGAAAGUGUAUAUAAUCUGGCUCUUUAACAACCACAUUAUUGUCCUUGGACACAAAUCAAAACCAAAGAUCAUCGUGACACCUUUUUCAAGCAAUUCUCCUUUUACGUUUUCUUUUUUGAUAUAAGCCAACAAAACAUUUACCAGUAUAACUAACACCAUAUUAUAUAAUCCUUUAUAGACAAGAUUUUCUUCAAGCAAAACAAGAACUUCAUGAAUAAAUUUUCCAAAAGGAGUGGAACGCUUAAGAGAUUUAUUUCUCUUCGAGGGUCCAAAACGAGAAUGUUUCAUUUUCAGUCGUAUGUUUGGAAGACGAUGGUUCCCAAGUUGUAUGAUGAACAGACGGCCAGCCCUAUAUUUAUCUAUUUAACUAUUUAUUUGUGGAGAUAAACUCUAUGUGAAAUAGAUCACGCCACCUAAUUAUUUUAUUUUUUCAUGUGAACCAAAAUAUUUACAACUUGUUUGCCAUAUGAUUUUUCUUUUGUUGCUUUCUUUGUGAUUUAUUUGAUAAAGGUGACAAACAUUUUCGUCCACCGAAUCCCAAUCUCUUCAGCUUUAGCUAGCAUCCUUUCAAAUGUUAUCUCCAGAUUUUUAUUUACAGCACUUUCCACAAUUAUAUAUCUCAAGGUUUGCCUGUAUAUCAUCAAAACAAUAGUUAAAAAUCUUAUUUUUCCUACUGUUUAUCUAGGAAUGCUAACUAGUAAUCUUUUCCAAAAAAGUUAGUACCAAAUAAAACUUACUUAUUGAUUAGCCCAACACAGCUCAAUUUUGAAGAAAAAAACCCACAAAUUUUGGAGGAAAAGAACAAAUCCUGUGAGCUAAGCACAUUGUGGAAAGCAGUAUGGGUUUUUCUUAAUAUACAAUCUCAACAUGCAAUAUAUAUCUUUGAAAUAUAAACAUAUGCUAUCUCAUUUGUAAAACUAAAUAAACUGCAUUAUUGAUGUUAGAAAAAAACAUGUAUAUAUACUAUGUGGUUUGGAGAAAAUGCUCUAAAUAAACAACUAAUUUUUCAAACAACUAAUUUUUUUUGACAUAAUAAACAACUAAUUAAAAGAUGUCAGAGAUCCAUUUUAAUCAUAAUUAAAUAAAUAUGACUAUCGUAACAAUAUUAAUCAAAUUCCUAAUUAGAUGCGAUACACGUGGAAUCUGCACAAAUUGUUAGAUACUUUUCACCAACCCCAUCGCUGAGCCUUCUUCAACCAUUUACAAGAGAUCCACAAAAUUUCACAAAUAAUAAAAAAAAAGAACUAAAUAAUUUUAGCAGUAUAUAUAAACACACUCUGUCUUGGGACGUGAUAUACAGUCAGUGAUAUACAUACAUACACACCAUUUGCACCACCACCUCCUCCACCAACCAAUCCAAUGGCACAAAACUAGAAAGACAAAUCAAUCUUUCUUCGUUUUUCCUGAUUCCUUCCCACUUCCUCUCAUCAAAUC